AUGGUCAAGAAGCCCGUCAUCGGCCUCCUUGGAGGUGGCCAGUUGGGCCGAAUGUUGUGCGAGGCCGCGGGGCCCCUCGGCAUCGAUAUCGCGAUCCUGGACGAGGCCAAUUGUCCUGCGAAGCAAGCUAACCAAAACAGCCGGCACGUCACCGGUUCCUUCAAGGACCCGGCCAAGAUCAGAGAAUUGGCUGCCAUGUGUGACGUCCUCACUGUCGAGAUCGAGCACGUUAACACUGAGGUUCUCGAGGAGAUUGCGACCCGCGGUGUUAUCACUGCUCCAGGCACCGUCAAGAAAGUACCCUGUCACCCCCAUUGGCAGACUCUGCGUCUGAUCCAGGACAAGUACUUGCAAAAAGAGCACUUCGCCAAGGGUGGUCUCCCCAUUGCCCCUCAGAUGGCCAUUGAAUCCGGCCCUGCUAUGCCUGAGAGCCUCACUGCCGCUUACAGGGCAUUCCAAUUCCCAUUCAUGCUGAAGGCGAGAAAGGGUUCCUAUGACGGCCGUGGUAACUUCAAGGUUAGGGGCCCGGAGGACUAUGAGGAGGCUAUUCGGACGAUGGGCAAGCUCUCACUCUACGCUGAGAAGUGGGUACCUUUCGAGAUGGAGCUCGCCGUCAUGGUUGUGCGAACUGAGGAUGAGGACGGCGAGUUGAGAAAGGUUCACACUUACCCGGCUGUCGAAACUAUCCACGAGGAGAGUAUCUGCACCAAGGUGUACUACCCACCCCGCCAAGUCAGUGCGGAUGUAUGUGAGAAGGCACGCCAGGUGGCUGGGGAUGUUAUCAAGACGGUGAAGGGCAGAGGUGUCUUCGCUGUUGAGAUGUUCUUGCUCAAGGACGGCACAAUCACCGUCAACGAGGUUGCUCCUCGUCCCCACAACUCGGGCCACUGGACUAUUGAGGGUGUGCCCUACAUGUCGCAGUACAAGGCGCAGCUCCACUCCAUCUUGGACAUGCUCCCGCGAUCUAUCAAGUUGCAGCCUCGCGUCUCCGGCGCUCUGAUGCUCAACAUUCUUGGCGGUGCGCGUGAAGACUCCCACGAAGAGUUGGUCGACCUGACCACAUCCUUAUACGAUGACAACAUGGAUGUUUUCCUCCACCUCUAUGGCAAAUCGUCCAAGCCUGGCCGCAAGAUUGGACACAUCACUGUGACGACUCACUCUGCCAACUCCAGCUUGGAGAGGCUAGCAGCGCCUCUGAUUAACGAGGUGAACUACAUGCGCGAAGCGCGACUUGAUGCUGCCUCAGACCAACUCCGUCUGCAAGAGUCUCCUGCCAAGAAGACCAGCUCCCGCAACGCCGAUAAGCCCUUGGUUGUUGUCACCAUGGGUUCUGACUCAGACCUCAAAGUCUUGAAGGGUGCCUUCGAGAUUCUUGAGCAUUUCGAGGUUCCCUAUGACCUUGACAUCACUUCUGCUCACCGUACGCCCCAUCGUAUGGUUGAACUUGGAAAGACCGCCGCGCAGCGUGGCAUCAAGGUCUUGAUCGCAGCUGGUAAGUCUACAUACGUCGAUCGGCCCUUUGGAGACAUUACUAACCUCACCAAAGCCGGCGGUGCUGCCCAUCUCCCAGGCAUGCUGGCAUCCGAGACAACUGUGCCAGUGAUUGGCGUGCCCGUCAAGGCCACUCAUCUUGACGGCCACGACAGCUUGCUGAGCAUCGUGCAAAUGCCCCGCGGUUGCCCCGUGGCAACGGUCGGUAUCAACAACUCCACCAACGCUGCCCUCCUCGCUGUCAAGAUUCUCGGGUCGUCCAGCCUCGAGUACCAGCAAAAGAUGGCUCAGUACAUGAGCAACAUGUCCCGGGAAGUUGAGCACAAGGCUUCCGAGCUGCAGAGUAAAGGAUGGAAGGCGUACCUCGAGAACCAAUAA